AGUUCCUCUGGUAGUUUGUAAGUAAAUUGAUGGCUCUAUUAUGUACGUAUUGAGAAAGCGGGAAAUGGAAGGUGAUUCUCUGUUCGUCAGUUGUCCAGCUGCAACAGGAAUAAAAUGGUCCAUCAAAUUUCCCUACUGAUUCUUUAGCCACUUCCUGACAUUAAGGGGGAUAACUCACAGUGGCCAACCAGCAUGCUUUGGGGACAUGGCAACACAAAUACAGCACCCAGGGAAAUUCCACACGUGCACAGGCGGCACCCGAAGGUGGGAAUGAGCCCUGUUCACUGGUGCUGUCAAGCAGCAGUACUACCUGCUGUGCCACUAUCUGGGUAUGGCAUGCCCUAGAAAAAUUAGAGGUCAGACAAGCCUUCAUAUAAGAGCGACUGACACACAGAAUGACCAGUAGCGAGGACACGGCUGAUUUCAUCAGUGUGUGGUGGAACACACAGUGGAAACACCAGCUGCAAUGCAGACUUCUGAAGAGCCUUCUGAAUGGAAUCAUCUGUAGGUCCAACAAUGUGUAAUGAACCAUGUGCACUAACAAGCUUUUCACUGUAUGGGAGGCUAUAAUAAAUCAAUUCCAUUUCCAAGCCUCAGAUCCACUGAGCUGUACAAUGCUGCCAAACAGGGUCGCAGCUCUGAAAGCAGUCAAUCAGAUGCUGCCUGGCCAGCUGAGCUCCUCCGGCAUUUUGUGAGUGCUGCUCGGAUUUCCAGCAUCUGCAGAUUCUCUUGUGCUAAGGAUUUUCAGGUUGUUUCAAGAAGCUGAUGGCAGUGGGGAACGAUCUGUUGUUGAACCUUGAGUUGUGGGCCUUGUAUCUCCUGCCUGGAAGAGGACCUCGUCCAAGUGGUAGGAGCCUCUGACAAUGGAUUCAUGGCGACAUUGUUUCUUGCUGACGUUCUUGAGGAUGGGGCCCCAGCUGGCUGAGCGCUCCAAAUGCUGUAGCCGAGCCGAUUUGGUGAGAUUGAGAAUGGCUUCAGGUUGCAUAGCCCAGGUGUGUCGCUGCGCCGUGGCCCCGAUCCUCGAGUGAGGCACUACUCAGUGUUUGGACACUGGCGCAGAUAGACUGGGAAUUCCGAGAGUGGAGGCAAGGGCCGGGCUGGUGUGGUGAACUAUGUGCCUGUCUGGACACGCCCCCUGCUGACUGCUCCUGUGGCUCCUCCCACAGGCCCCUGUAUAAAGGAGAUCUGCGGCCUGACGCUCGGCCUCAGUCUCCAAGACCUUGUAUGAUAGACACUCACUCCUGGUUCCUUCUUCCAGUCAAUAAAAGCCGAUAUCUCGCCUACGUCUCAGUGUGAGUUAUUGAUGGUGCAUCAAUUUUAUUGACUGGAAGUUUUAAAACAUGGAACCCGAUUUGCGUCCGGACCGGUUGGAUUUGGACCCUCAAGACCCUGACGCAGCUCUCGCUUUUGAACACUGGCUUGCAUGCUUCCAAUCAUACUUGGCGGAGCUUCGUGCGACUGAACCCGCCGUUAUGCACAGAAUCCUACUCUCGAGGGUCACCCCCAAAGUUUACUCCAUUAUCCGGGACCUGCCGACCUACGAUGGGGCACUGGACGCCCUCAAACGACAGUACCUGCGGCCGGUGAACACCGUCUACGCAAGACAUCGUUUAGCUACCCGGCAACAGCGGCCUGGCGAAUCAUGCGCUGAGUUUCUCCGAGCACUACAGACACUCGUCCGACCUUGCGACUGCAAGACGCUCACGGCAGAACAGCAUGCGGAGCUGCUGGUGCGAGACGCCUUUGUGACGGGACUGAGGUCAGUGUACAUGCGCCAGCGACUGCUAGAAAACUCAGAUCUUACCUUAAGCUCGGCGAUAGAGACGGCCAACGCUCUAGAAGCUGCUUUGCACUACGCCGACGCUGUCCAGUCGCGCGAUUCCCCGCCGGUUCCGUGGACUCCUCAGACCCCGCCACUGCCGGCUCCCGGGAGCGAAUUCGCCAACGCCGCCGCCAGUCGCGAUUCCACGAGCUCCCCGACCCAGACCACGGCUGUGGCCCGUCAGAAACUCGUGCUUUGUUAUUUCUGUGGCCAUAAAAAAACAUCCUCGACAAUGCUGUCCAGCGCGAGAAGCGACCUGCUCCAGCUGCAGAAAGCGGGGCCACUUCGCCAAGGUCUGUAAGUCUCAACCUCGAGCGGAGUGCAGCGCUGCGGGUGAAACGUGGGGGCCGCCAUCUUGCAUGCCCGGAUGUGAGCGGCCAUCUUUGUCGACGUCAGCACGCCCCGCCCCUGACCCUCGGAUGCUGACCGGGUACCCCGGAUGUGAGCGGCCAUCUUUGUCGACGUCAGCAUGCCCCGCCCCCGGCCCUCCGAUGCUUACCGGGCACCCCGACGGCGAUCCAACUGUGGCCACUGUAACCCUCGACCAAAGCGCCCCACACCAGCUUGCAAGGUCAAUGAUGGACAUCCAGGUGGAGGGGCACUGGACUGGAUGCCUGUUUGACACGGGCAGCACUGGGAGUUUUAUUCACCCGGACACAGUGCAACGCUGCGGACUCGCAACGCGGCCGGUCAGUCGGAGGUUCCAUUUGGCCUCUGGGUCGCAGUCCGCAGACAUCCGGGCGGGUUGUGUAGCGACAUUGGUGGUGCAAGGCACAGAGUAUCGGGACUUUGAGCUGCUGGUCAUGCCUCAACUGUGCGCACCUGUGCUAUUGGGGCUGGACUUCCAGAGCCAUCUCAAAAGUGUGACUAUGGUAUACGACGGGCCCCUCCCACCACUCACUGUCCGGAAUCCUCAGUUUUGUGGGACUUCUUCUCAUACCCCGCUACUGACCACACACACACACGGACACACACAUCCCAUCCAGAACCAGGCCAACAGCUGCGCUACCGACACUUGCAGCCUCUCCACUCUCAAGGUCCCUCCCCCACCGCUGUUCGCCAACCUGACCCCCGACUGUAAACCUGUGGCAACCAAAAGCAGGAGGUACAGCGCGGGGGACAGGGCCUUCAUUCAGUCGGAGGUGCAGCGGCUGCUCAGGGAGGGGAUCAUUGAGCCAAGCUCAAGCCCUUGGAGGGCCCAGGUAGUUGUUGUUCGGACUGGGCAGAAAGAUAGGAUGGUGGUGGACUAUAGUCAAACCAUCAAUAGGUUUACGCAGCUUGACGCAUACCCCCUACCCCGCAUCGCGGAUAUGGUCAACCAGAUUGCUCAGUAUAAGGUGUACUCGACAAUAGAUCUGAAAUCCGCUUAUCACCAGCUCCCCAUCUGCCCAGAGGACCGCCCCUACACCGCCUUCGAGGCGGGCGGCAGGCUCUAUCACUUCCUGCGCGUCCCUUUCGGUGUCACGAAUGGUGUCUCUGUCUUCCAGAGGGAAAUGGACCGGAUGGUGGACCAGUACCAACUGCAGGCCACAUUUCCCUAUCUGGAUAACAUCACCAUCUGUGGUCACGACAGGCCAGAUCACGACGCCAACCUCCAACGAUUUCUCCAAGUGGCCGCAGCUCUGAACCUUACUUAUAACAGGGACAAGUGUGUUUUUGGUACCACCCGCCUUGCUAUACUUGGGUAUGUCGUGGAAAACGGGGUUAUUGGCCCUGAUCCCGAACGUAUGCGCCCCCUGUUAGAGCUCCCUCUUCCCACCACUCUCAAGGCCCUCAGACGGUGCCUGGGUUUUUUUUCCUAUUAAGCCCAAUGGGUCCCCCAUUACACAGACAAGGCUCGCCCCCUGGUCAAGUCUACCUCGUUUCCCCUCUCUGCUGAGGCCUGCGCGGCCUUCAACUGCAUUAAAGCGGACAUUGCCAAAGCUACGAUGCAUGCAGUGGACGAGACCGCUCCCUUCCAGGUGGAGUGUGAUGCCUCCGAUUUCGCUCUGGCUGCUACCCUCAAUCAGGAAGGCAGACCAGUAGCAUUCUUUUCUCGCACCCUCCAAGGCUCCGAAAUUCGGCACUCCGCGGUGGAGAAAGAAGCCCAGGCCAUAGUGGAGGCUGUUAGGCACUGGAGGCACUAUCUUGCUGGCAAAAGGUUCACCGUGCUGACCGACCAGCGCUCGGUUGCGUUCCUGUUCAGCAACCAACAGUGGGGCAAGAUCAAAAAUGAUAAGAUUUUGUGGUGGAGGAUAGAACUCUCCACCUACACCUAUGAUAUCCUGUACCGGCCUGGCAGACUCAAUGAGCCCCCUGAUGCCCUAUCCCGGGGAACAUGUGCUAGCACACAGCUCGACCAGCUGUACGCCCUUCAUGCACAACUUUGCCAUCCGGGGAUCACCCGCUUUUACCAUUUUGUGAAAGCUCAGAACCUGCCAUACUCCUUGGAGGACAUCAGGACGAUGACCAGGGACUGCCAAAUUUGUGCUGAGUGCAAACCGCACUUCUACCGUCCUGACACGGCACAACUUGUCAAGGCCACCCGCCCUUUUGAACGCCUGAGUGUUGACUUUAAGGGCCCCCUUCCCUCCACUGACCGCAAUGUCUAUUUUCUCAGUGUUAUUGACGAGUUCUCACGGUUCCCCUUUGCCAUCCCCUGCCCCGACACCACUGCCACGUCCGUCAUAAAAGCCCUGCGCCAGCUCUUCACUCUGUUCGGGUAUCCCUGCUAUAGUGAUAGAGGGUCCUCCUUUAUGAGUGAGGAGCUGUGCCAGUACUUGCUAGCUAGGGGCAUUGCUACCAGUCGGACCACGAGUUAUAAUCCCCGGGGUAAUGGCCAGGUGGAGCGGGAGAAUGCCACGGUGUGGAAGGCCACACUUUUAGCCCUUAAGUCAAAAGGGUUGCCGGUCUCUCGAUGGCAGGAGGUCCUCCCUGAGGCACUGCACUCUAUCCGCUCUCUGUUAUGUACGUCCACCAAUGCCACCCCUCACGAACGCCUAUUCUCUUUUCCCAGGAAGUCUGUCACUGGGACCACCCUACCAGUUUGGCUGACGUCCCCGGGGCCAGUGCUGCUCCGGAAACAUGUGAGGAGCAAUAAAUACUCCCCGCUGGUGGAGAGGGUUCACCUUCUACAUGCGAACCCCCAGUAUGCUUACGUGGUCUUACCUGAUGGGCGGGAGGACACGGUCUCCAUCCGCGACCUGGCACCCGCAGGUGCAGCAGACCACUACCCUGAAGGCUCUCCGGUAACUAUGAACCCUGCACCAGAGUUGACACCGUGCUCACCAGGCCCUACACAGACUCCUCACGACACUUGUAUACCGGGCGUUUCGUACGCAUUUAUACCAGGCGCCUCGCACAUGCAUGAGGGAUCACCGGCGCCUAGUGGGCAAGAACACGCGCAACCCCCGUCCCCUGUGCAAUCACCGAUGUUGCCGGCAUCUAUGCGGUCACAGCCGGUGCUACGUAGAUCGCAGCGACAGAUUCGACCACCUGAUAGACUUGACUUGUAAGAAACUUCGCCACAUGAGGACUUUUUCAAACGAAGGGGGAGUGAAUGUGGUGAACU